UGUACAGAGGGCUUUACAAGCCUGGCCUGAGUGCGUUUCCUUUCUCCUACUGUUGGGUUUGGUGCCGUCCCUUUCGCACAGAUUCUACCUAGGCCCGAGGCAGGAAAGCCCCGAGAGUGGGAUCCUAGCUGCACUGAAGCCCAGCAGAUCUCCCUUGGAUUUUAGUGGGGCAGGAGUUCCUCUCUAGUGCUUCCUCUCCCCAUGGCCCGCGUUUAGGUACCCUGGCUUUCGGACAGAGCUGAGCCAGCGGCAGGGCAGAGCAGGGCGUGUCGCUCAGCCUCGAGUCGCCCAGCGUCCCAUUGUGCAAGCUCAGUGGGGGCUCCCCGCGGUGGCUAACACAGCGAGCGGGCUGGGCUGCGCUGGCGGCGAGCUUGCCCACUAGCUGCAGACAGUGCGGCUUUAAAGGAGACUCCCUCCAGAUUUUUUUUUAGUCUAAUUAUAGCACAAGCCAAUGAGCAGAUCGGCUGCUGCUCCCCUCCCAGACCCUGCCUAGCGAGCGGGGCUAGGCGGCAACAGCAAGAGCGGCCGGCGCCCUCCCUGAAGGCAGCCCGGCAGGAACCGAGCUCCGCUGGCCGGGGGGAUCGGACGUGCGAGGCUGCUCAGCUGGUGCCGGCGUUCGGACGCUUCAGCGAGCUCAGCUGGUGCCGGCGUUCGGAGGCUGCAGCGCUCGGUGCCCGAGCGGACUCAGACCCCCCCAGUCUCCUGCAGCUCGCAACUUCGCCCAGGGGCCGGUCCCGCUCCUGGGCACUGAUUAGCGGGGGCGUGCUGCUGUCCCUGGCUUGGCUCUGCCCCCGGGGGGAAUGUGGAAAUGGCCGGUGACAGGAGCCCUGGGGUCUUGAGCCGGCAGCGUUUCGGGUUCUUGCUGCUAGCUGCGGCGGCGGCUACUGGGCUGUGCGGCGGGGUCUCUGCAGUCAAGUCUCCCAGCUGCCACGAAGUGAGGACAGCGUUUCAGAUCCGGCAGAUCGGCCCCCUCAAGCUGGUUCCCGAUGUGCCCACUGCUGAAUCGGAUUUGCAGAUCUGCCAGCACCGAGCACCAACCUGUUGCACUAAAAAGAUGGAAGAAAGCUACCAGACAGCUGUUCGGAGAGAGAGGACUCAGAACAUCCAGGCCUUGAACUUUGAACUGAAAUAUAUGAUAGUUGGUCAUAUCACAGCUUUUCAAGAGGCCUUUGAGUCAUUGCUUCGCUUUGCAGAGAAUCACACAACCUCCCUGUUUGAGACGGCUUACAGAACCAUGGCAAAAGAAGCUGCAGAGCCUGUCAAAGAACUUUUUACAGACCUCUCUCUGUAUAUUUUGGGUGCUGAGACUACAGUGGAAAAUGCAGUUUUACGGUUCUUCGACAGUCUCUUUCCUUUGGUUUACAGUCGGCUAAUAAACCCUGGAAUUAUAGAUUUAUCAGAGGAAUAUACCGAAUGUCUACGACUAACAAGACAAGACAUAAACCCCUUUGGACAUUAUUCUAAAGAAGUGGUUACAGAGCUGUCAAAAUCUCUUUGGGCAAGUAGGAUGCUAAACCAGGCCCUCAAUAUGGGCAUUGAAGUGAUAAACACAACUGAACAUGCCGCUCUUACAAAGGAAUGUAGCAGAGCACUAGUGAAGAUGCAGUACUGUCCACAUUGCCAAGGACUGACACUAAUCAGACCUUGUGUGGGAUAUUGUCUAAAUGUAAUGCGAGGCUGUUUGGCCAGUGUGUCUGAGCUGGACACUCAAUGGAGGGAGUAUAUCUCCACACUGGAAUAUCUGACUAAUGAAAUGGCUGGGUCACAUGAUCUGGAACUUGCACUUCUGAGAAUCAAUAAUUCAAUCAAUGACGCUAUCCUGCAUGCACAAUUGAAUGGGCCACAACUCUCUGCCACAGUUGACAAAGUGUGUGGCCAGCCCCAAGAAAGAGAAGCAAAACCUUCACCAGAUAAUAUAGUGCAAGCAAAGGACGUGCCUGAAACACAGGCCCUCACGAUGGCUCACUCUGCUAAUCUAAACAAUAAAAGGAGUUCUCUGCCUCUGAAAGCUUCAAAGAAUGACAAAUCCAGAAGUUUGAAAAAAAUCUCUCGAGAGUUCAUCAGCUACAUGAAACGAUCCCGAACCUUUUAUGCCUCUAUAGCAGAAAGGCUGUGUGAUGGGGACCUGGUGAUGCGGGACAGCUCGACUUGCUGGAAUGGAGAGGAUGUUGUGGAAAGUUACACCAGCAGAGUUGUUUCCAAUGGACUGAAGGCACAAAUUAAUAACCCAGAAUUGAAAGUCAAAGGAUUAGACCCUCUCAUCAGUCAUUUAAUUGACAAACUUCAUCAUUUUAACCAGGGACUAGAGAAGGGAAAUGCAACAAGCCCUUUGGAGUUAGUGUGAAAUACAGGCAUGAGGGAAGCUGACUGAAGAAAAUGCCUGACAAGAGAUUGAAGAAAAAGAAGAGUUUUGCUUCUUUAUGCCGAAAGAAAGAAAAGGACCACACGGAGUAAAUGUGAAGGGCAGAAACAAAAGCAAACAGUUUUAAGAGUGGAUUAAGUGCACAUAUAGAGGGAAAUUGACUAUAAAUGUCAUCUCAAAGGAAAGGGCGCACUUAGAAUAAGUAUAUGUGGCUGUUAUGUCCUAAAAUUUCUUAGGUUCCUAUUGUUUUGUGAAUUGACUGAGCAUCUGCUGAGUCACCAGGCACCAGUAAAAUCCAGCCCUUUAUGUACAGCACUAAUUUUGUCAGUUCUUAUGAAAAAAUACAGACAAUUGGCUAAGGAAGCAGAGUAUUGUUUCAUUCUGCUGUAGUCAUUUCUGACCUAAUAAGCGUUUAGAAAGGACUUU